AUGAGGAGGCGAGACCUCGACAGCAAGAUUGAAGCCCUCAUCCGCAGCCACGUGAAUGUGUCGCGGCGUGAACUGACCCUGGAUAUGUACAUCAACAUGCACGAGUGCUCCUCGCCCCGCACGGGCCGCGUAGAGAAGGAGCUUCAUAAACUUCACUGGGACCCCACUAGCCUCGAAUACAUCGACGCCUACCGUGCCCGAACCCAAAUGCCCGUACUGAAAAAGAAGGCCAAGAAACCCCGCCAGCCUGCCGUU